GUCAAAAUGGCGAAGAUGGAGACAUUCGAUAUCGUCUGAAGGAAAUUAUCUUUAGUUUAGAUUGACGUCCUGUUACAUUUGAGUGUUCAAAGAAACAAUAAUUCUAAUGGAAAAUAAUUAUCAACAAUGAGUGUUUGGAAGAGACUCCAGAGAGUAGGGAAGUCUGCAUCUAAGUUCCAGUUUACUGCUUCAUACCAGGAAUUAGAAGUGGAAUGUACAAAGAAGUGGCAACCAAACAAGCUAUGUAUUGUGUGGACAAGAAGAAGCAGAAGGAAAUCAUCCCAGCUUCAUACCUGGGAACCAACGAUACAGAAUCCAUACAAUGGUAUGGUUACAUGGACAGUGCCAGAGAAUGUAGAAACACAAGUGACAUUGUUCAGAGAUAGCAGACAUGCAGAGUAUGAAGACAAAGAAUGGACCUUUCUUCUAGAAGAUCAAGCUAGAGGUGGGCGAAGGAAGAUUAUUGCCUCAGCACCAAUCAAUAUGAAGGAUUAUGCCUCUGAUGUACCAACCCAACACACAAUGACUAUAACCUUAAAACCAGCAACAAAGAAAAUUGUCAAAGCAACCAUACAGUUGACUUUGUCAUGUGUCUUUCUGAGAGAGGGAAAAGCUACAGAUGAAGACAUGCAGAGUGUAGCCAGUUUAAUGAGUAUAGGUAAAACAGAUAUUGGUAACCUUGAUGAACUUGAGGAGGAAGGAGAAAAUAGUGGGGAUCACAGCGGGGAUCACUCAUUCUGUUCCAGACUAGCAGAAAUCACAACUCAGUUAUCCAAUCUAGAUGAAGAAGACGAAUCUGCUGGUAAUCCCUUUGGGAACCCUUUUGGGAACCCUUUUGGAGACCCUGAUGAUUUGGAAUGUGAUGGCUUUGAAUGUGUGGAACAGAGUGAAAAUUCAGUUAACUUAACAGAAGCAUUAGAAUCCUCAAACCCAUUCGGUGAUGAUGAUGAUGAGGAGGAGGAUGAAAACAAUCCUUUUAAAGAUCCUACUCCCCCAGACAGAUAUCUGACAUCCGAUGUUGUGAACUCUUCAAAAGCAAAGAAAACCAAAAGAGCUCCAGUUCCACCACAAGCAGGAGAAUCAUCGCCAAGUCCUAAAAAACCUCAAGCAUCCCCAAGAGCCACACCAGAAAAGUCCUCAGCGGCAAAAGUGCUAAAUCCUCCUGGAGAACAAUCACCAAGUCCAAAGAAGCGAGCCCCUGCACCACCACAAUCAAUAGAAAAGGCUCUAAAAGAGAUAGUAUCAUUGACAAAGAAACCUAAAUCACCGUCAAGUCCAGAGAGACCUGUGUAUGAGGGUUCUCCACCAUCUACUCCAGUGGAAAAAUGGAAAAGGCCAAUAACUCCUCCACAUUUACAGUCUAAAUCAGAAUCUCCUAAUGAAAGUAUUACAGAUGUGUCUAUAGAAGUGGUUUCACCAGACAGUAAAGGGGACAGAAAGGCAUUAGAAACAUUGGAUUUAAAUAAGCAGACAGGAUCACCAGUAACCAAGUCUGGAGAUUCUACUCAGACUUUAUUAGAAUGGUGUAAAGAAGUCACACAGGGCCAUAAAGGUGUCAAAAUUACAAAUCUGACAACCUCAUGGAGGAAUGGGAUGGCAUUCUGUGCAAUUAUUGCUCAUUUUAGACCAGAUCUCAUUGACUUUCGAUCUCUUAAUCCACAUGACAUGAAAGCUAAUAAUAGAAUAGCUUUUGAUGCAGCAGCUAAGCUGGGUAUUCCAAGAGUUAUAGAACCUUCUGAUAUGGUUUUAUUGAAAGUUCCUGAUAAGUUAUCUGUAAUGACCUACUUACAUCAACUACGGGCAUAUUUUACUGGUCAGACAUUAGAAAUACAGCAGAUAGGGACGAGUGCUCGUGAAAGUACAUAUAUGCUUAGUGAAAAAGAUCGUGAGUUAGAAAUGCAAAUUUCUAGAGAAAUGUAUGGCAAAGAUGUGAUGGACUCAGUGCAGCCGUCGAAGGAAAAUGUUCCCAAACCUGAUGUUGAUAGUCGUAAAAAAUCCAAAAGUCGAGAGACGACUCCAGUAACGCCAGAUUCAUUGUCUUAUACUUCAAGUAGUCCCUCUAAUUCGUUAGAUAAAUUAAGUGAACUCUCUAGUCAUUCACCUGUUAAACAAAGCCCUGAUCGAGAAGUGACUUUGACAAAUGGUGAUAUUAAAAGAUCGCCUAGUCCUGAUAAAAAUAUUAAAAGAUUGCCUAGUCCCGAUAAAAAUAAUUCUUGUGAUAAUAAUAAACUGGUGUCUCAAACCAAAGAGAGUUCUUCUGUUUCUGUGGAUAAAUCAAAAACCUCAUUAAUGACAAGGAACCAGUUGAAUAAUCCGUUUGAUUCUGAUGAGGAGGAUAUUAGUCCAGCCUCUGGUCACGUAGAAGGGGAGGAUGAUAGUGAAGUAUGGGUAUUAAGGAGUGAUUCACAGACAAGUAGUAUAACAUCUGGAUCUGUAAGUCCACAAUGGUCUUCCAAAGAAAGUACUCCUUCCAGAGAAAAAAGUCCUGUUGUUGAAAAACAUACAAGGAGAUACCAGAAAAAUACUGAAAAACAGCCAACCAAUCACAAAGCAAGGCAUGAAGAGCUAAAGGCAAAAGCUAAAAUACUUUUAGAGAAGGCUAAACAAGACGCAAUAGUUGAAACUAAAGAAAAUAAGCAGAACACCAAAGAAACAGGGAAAGCAAGUCAGGAAGAAGAGGAUAAGAAGCUGAGACUAAAAGAAAGAGCUCGACAGUUAAUAGAGGAAACAAGAGCCAGUAUUGGUAAACCUCAGAUGUCGGAUAUGAAUCCAUCAAUAUCAUUGUCACAGAGGACAAAAAUUAAUACAGAUUCAGUUAAGCCUACAAAAGCCAGGCGGAUAACUGCCUCUUCACAGCUUUUCAAAGCUAGGCAUGACGCAUCAGUAACAGCCACAACAGAGCCAAGCGUGAAAGGAGACAACAAACUGAAGAGACUCAGUCUGAAGAAAGUAGAUCUGUCAACACCAUUUUCCAAAGACAAAACCCCAUCUCCACAGGUAUCAGAACCAGAUAAAGCUGUUUUGAAUAAUAAACAAGAGAAAAGAAAAGUUAUUCCUGCAGUGAAUAUUUCCUACAGUAUGGAGUUCCCUAAAGAAGAUUGUGGAGACUCCAGUGAUAACACAGAAUCAUUAGAAGAAGAUCUGUUGUACAAGAAAAAUGAGAAUUUCCAAAGUACUAAUCAGUAUGUAAUUGCUGAAAUGGAUGCCUUGGACAGGGAACAGAAACAAAUUGAUGCCGAGGCUGGACUACUGGAGGAAAAACUCAGAAAGGCCAUGAAUGGAAACAACAAGUCUUUAGAAGAGAAAUUGAUGCAGCAGUGGUUUUUACUGGUCAACAAGAGAAAUGCUUUGAUUAGAAGACAGAUGCAGCUAAAUAUUUUGGAAAAGGAAGACGAUUUAGAGCAGAGAUUCGAGCUGCUGAAUCGAGAGCUCCGUGCUAUGAUGGCGAUGGAAGACUGGCAGAAGACUGAAGCCCAAAAAAGGAGAGAAAAGUUAUUGCUGGAAGAGUUAGUUGCCAUAGUAAACAAGAGAGAUGAGUUAGUCCAGCAUUUAGACUCUCAAGAAAGAGCAAUUGAAGAAGAAGCACAGCUUGAUAGAAAGAUCAGUGAAGGGAAACUGUUAAAAAAUGAAAAGAAAGAAUGUUCUAUACAGUGAAAAUCUGGUACCCCUUGGUUGUCUGGGAACCAGACUGAUUAUGUUCCUUUGAACAUGUGGAGGUCAGAUGUCAGCUCUCUACAGAGUCAAUAACAAUGUGUAUCCAAGAACCUCAUGUGUUGCUAAUGUGUUCAGAUCAUGGCUUUAAGUUAGCUUAAAGUUUACACAUUCAUAAUUCUGUUGUAAAACCAAUGCACAUAUGUAGAUUGGUUCAUAAAAGAAUGCACUGUUCGCUUUGCAACCAAAUGCUGUAGGUGUAUUGAAGCAGUUUUUAAAAUACACUCUUUAUGAGACAAUAUAUAACUACACAAUAUGUUGUGUAUUAUGUUCACACAUGAAAUUGAUGCUUUUUACCAGCUAUUUACUGGUGUUAUUUAACUACUAGAUUCAGUCAAACUGGAAGAUAUAUAUUUAGAAUACAUUUAAUUAUUUUUCCCUUAUUUAUUGAGACACAAGGUAUUUAUUUAUAGAUAUGAUAUUUGAAAACUUUAACAUUGAAAUGCAGUAAGUGUAUUACUGCUACAUUAGUUUAAAACAUCAGUUUGCCAUUGAUACCAUGUAUAGUUUUUUUUUCCUGAUGCUUCUUUUAAUUAAAAGAAUCGAAAGUUCACACUCUUGUCCCAAAAACUGGUGCCAUGAUUUGUACAAAUACUGUAAGACCAAACUUACCUUGUUAUAUUUAGGGAUAUAAAAAGCUGCAUAAUUGAUUGAUUGCUACCAGGAAUUAUUGAUUGUUUGUGUUUAACUUUAACAGCACUGUUAUCCAUCUUGGCUGCAUUAUGACGCUACUUUUUUUAUUGUUGAAAGAUGUCUGAGGGAUCCUCUGACAUAAGACACUGUCAGAAAAAAUUUGCAAUUUUUGUCAAGAUGCAGUUCAUCUAGUCAUGUACAUGUAAUUAACAAGGAUUUGAUAGACCAAAAAAGUUUCUUUAAUUGCUGAGGUGGUUUUUUUCGCAAUGAAAUGCAAAUAUAAUAAAUCUAUAACACCUGUGUUUUAUUACUACUUGAAAUGGCAGAUAAUAAAUAAAAAAUAAAAGUGGGAGCAUAUUUUUAAACAAAUAUGAAGUCAAUAUCGAUACUUCAGUAUAGGGUUUUGGUUAUAUAGUUACAAGUGCUCUCAUAUAGAAAUGAUUUAUAAGGUUUAUAUUGUAUGUAAGUUUUGUAGCAGAAAAAAAGAGUUAAAAUUAUUCCAAAUCAGGAAGAUAACAUUUCCCAUUCAAAAAAUAAAUAUGAAGUUUAUAAAAAUGAUCUUUAUUCUAAAUGGUUUGAGGGAUUCUGAUCUUUUUUCAAAUCCUAAUUUCAAACUUUCAUAUAGGCAAUCAAUUCAAAUGUUUGUAAUUGUUUUAAUAUUUUAUAUCAUUUAGGUAAAUUUGGAUAUUUCAUAUCCUUAAAAAGCAAUAAUCAAUAUAGGAAAUUAUAAAAAUAUUUGACACAAACAGUCAUCUUAAGGAGUUAUGUCCAUCAAUAUAGGAUGUUCAAACUUCAGUAAAACUUUUAUAUGUGGAGUAGGUUUCAAAGCCAUUGCAUGAUUUUACAAUUAUCUGAUGAAUAUGACUAUUCUAUGGUGAUUACUUGAUUUAUCUAGAUUUGAAAUUCAUGAUUAUUUUUUUAACAAGAGCAUUCAUGAUUCAUGAUAGACUAAAAGUCAAAGUUAAACAGGAAAGCAAAGAGAGUUCAGGAUUUUCAAAUUUAUCCAGUACACCCCCAUGCAGGGACCCAGGUCUCUCUCUAGCUUUAACUUUUUCCUCCAGACAGGCAUCCAAAUCAAGCUGAGAGUUACAAGAAAAAAAAUCCUUAAAAUUUUCAAAAAUAUUUCUCCUGCUAAUCUUACAGUUUAGUAAGUAUGAUAACAAAAUGUUAAUACAGAAUCAGGAUACGUUAAUCACACAAUUUGAUAUAGGUGUCUUCCUUAACACUACCUAGGAAAUAUUAAGACUUGUCGGGGGGAAAAAAAGAAAUUCUGACGUCAAUAUAAGACUUUCUUGAUUACGUGAUAGUUACAUAAAAAUUUACUUGUAGUUAUGUAAAUGUAAAUUUCAUGAAUGAAAUGAAUAUCUAUGAUAUAGGUGUCUGAAAUAUUAAGCCUGUGAAAAGAAAAAACAAAAACAGACAUUCUUGACGUCAACGAAAAACAGAGUCUUUGACGUAAAAGUUACAUAAAAAUUUCGUUGAAGUUAUGUAAAUGUAAAUUUCAUGAAUGAAACGAUUAACUUAAAUCUUUGUAAUUUGAACUCUGGUAGUGAUUGUCUCAAUGGCAAUCGUACUACACCACCUUAUUUGUAGAUAUGAAUGAAAUAAAUAUGAUAUUGUGUAAUUGUCAUGGUAGGGGUGGUGCAUUGGAUUGUUUUUUUCUGUCUUAAUAUACCACUUGUGGUUGAUAUUUUAUCUUUAGUUCAUAUUACCAGUUUCAUAUUUAAGACCUCAUAUUUUCUUAAUUUUAUAUCUAGCAUGCUUAGGGUGGGUGGAAUACAGCAUUAGAUUCAUAGAUCUGAUUAAAAGAUUUUGUAUAAUGUUGCAGUAGCAAAUUUUUUUUGUUUUUGGUUUUCUGUAAUUUGCUUUGGAAUAUAGCAUAGACUAAUAGAUAAUAGAAUUAGAUUUUUUCUGGAUAACACUUUUUGGAAUGAUUUUUCCUUCAUUUACUUGCUUGUUUUUCAACAAUUUUAACUUUUUUAUAACGUACAGUAUCUAUGUUUCCAUUGGUUUACUUUAAAUUGCUUUGGAGAACUUUCAUGCAUCUUUUAAUUGACAAUUUACAUGUAAAUUUUGUUAUUUUCACUUCCCUCACAAUUUCAAAUUAUCAUAAAAAUUAAUUUAGAUCAUAUUCAUCUUUAUUGAAGGCGAUCUUUGGAUUUAUAUUCUUUCUUAUUUAUUCUCACAAAAAGACGGUGAAUUAUUUGAGAAUGAAAAAGUGUUACAAAAAUUGGCUGUGAUAAAAUUAAGUCAGUUGCAUUGAUAAAUAUUCAGUAAUGAAGAUGAAAUAAAUAUAUUAUCAUAUAAAUGAUUUGCGUCAAAGAAAUCAAAAACUGUCAAAAUUACUCAAUUAAACUAUCUAUUCCCAAGAUGGUAGAAGUCAUUAUUUGUGUCAGUGAUGUUUCUUAAAAACUUUUAAUCUUGACAAGUUUUUUUUUAAAGAAAUUUUGACCCUAGUACAGUGCAUUUGUCUGAAAACUUGAAAUUAAUCCUCGAUAUCCUAGAGAAAGUUUCAAUUUUUAAAUCAUAAGGGUACAUCAUUACCAUUUUGUUUAUAUUUUUAAGCCCCACCUACUGAUGUUCGCCAAAGUACGUAGAUUUUCAAACUUAACACUAUUUGCUUUUCCUUUGUUACUGUCUUUUAGAUGUAAAGUUUCAAUUUAAUAUUUCUGAAAGAUCAGACUAAAGUUUAAUGAUUCUGUUUCAAUCAGUACACAUGCCAAAAGCUGAAAAAGAAGCAAACACGGAAAAAUAAAAAAAAUACAUGAAACAGUUGAUCUCACUUCUGACUUCAAAUUAUCUCUUUAUAAUAAAAGUAAAUUAUUUCUUUGACGUAGAGAUAUAAAUAUCUCGGGCAAAAAAAAACAACUUGUGUUUAGAGUUAAGCCUAUUUAUUUUACUCAUACCGAAUAAUUCCAGGGUACUUUAAGCUGUCUUUGCACUUUUGGUAGUUAAUUUUUAUAACAUUGCAAGUCAUCCCAUGUAAUACCUAAUGAAACUUUAAAAAAAAAUCCUGCUUACUUCCCCUCCUUAUAUUUCUUUUGGAGGAAAUUCCAAAAAAAUAAAUACUUUUUUGUUUGUCCUCAGUGGAUUAGAUUACUAACAUUUUCUGAUAAAGAUAUUUUGUUUCUCGUUUACAAAUUUUAUAACCUCUUUCAAUCAAUUAACUUUUCAAAUCUUUAGAACUAUUGUUAAUUUUAUUUGUUUGUACCAUAAAAUGAAAAUAAACAUCUUUGGUUAAAUAUCCAUUGUUAAUGAUGUUUUUACCCUAUCAAUGUUUUGGUGUACACUUUGGAAAAUAUUACCCAAAAUGAAGAAGAUUCUAAAAUGGCCAGUUAAAGACAAUAUAAAAUUUAAAAUAUAUUGGACUCUGUAAAGAUGUAAUAUAUUUUCAAGCUCAGUUUUGAACAGUGUAACAACAGUCAGGUGCAGAUCGAGGGGGGCCUCUUGUGGCCAGUUUUGUAUUAUAGAGCCUAGUCACCCUACCAUUAACUUUUGUAGAGGUCUCUUUUUUUUUGAAAGUCUUAAUUCUGCCAGUGAUGGUAGCAAUAAAUUUGAAAAGAGACAUGAACUAAAGAGAUAUGUACAACACAAGUAGCCAAACAAAACAAAACCAUGUCAAUUGUGAAGAAUGUCUUCCUUUUGCUGACACAGUUGUGGUUUGUAAGAUAACAUAAAACAAUUGAAGAGGGUUUAAUCCUUCCAUGUAGGUCACUAGGUCAGCAUCCCUUUCCUUUACUUUCAAGUUUUUUUGUACUUUUAGUUUACUGUCAGUGCGGUCAAAAUAGUAUUGACCAUGUGAGUACUGCAAAUUUAGGAAUUUAAACAAUGUUUUUUUUUAUAUGCAAAAAAUGCAAAGGAAUAUAAUCCCAAUAAAUAAAACUCACAUUUUGUUGAUUUUUUUUAUAAAUCAAACAGGAUUUUUUUGGAUAUCACAAACAUUUUAAUUACAAUUGACUCUUAAAUGACAAAAUCGCAAAAAUAAAUGCACGCAAAAAUUUCACUAUCUGUAAUUAGACAAUCUAUGACCGUUGAAAGGGAAUAUAUCUAUGUAGGGCAACAUGUCUAAAUUUGGAAGUUUGGAUAUUAAUACUAGAUGAGCAUCUUAUUUCUAAUCCUUUACCAAAAAGAUUGAUAUUUUCAAUUAAGUAUAGCAUUUCUGCAGUUCUGGUACUCUUUACCUUUAUCUAUUGUUGUUUUGUUGAUAAUUUUUAUAGUGUUUAUAGAUUGUUUCCGAGAUACUAGUUUUAAAACAAAAAAAAGAAAAGAUACGGUAUUCUUUAAUGAUUCUAUUAUUUCAAUUGUGUUUUUAAGCAGACUGUAUUUGCAUGAGAGUAAUAUAUUAGACCUAUAAAUAAACAGAUAUUAAGAUGGACAAUCUUUUAUUUUGUUGUAUAGAGAAAAAAAUGUUAUAUUAGCUAGUUUUCAUUAAAGGAGGGAGGGUAUGCAUGUUUUAUAUUUUUUCAUUUAGUAUAUCUAAAGCUUUUUUUUUUUCUCUUAAAAAUAUUGAUGAUAUUUAACUAUUUGGGAAGGAAAGGUGGGCAUAUUCUUUAAGUAGAUAUGUAAAAGUUACCCCUUUAUAUUUUUUUUUUUUAUCAAAUUAAUGAAAUAUUCCAUUUCAUAAACUGCUAUGUUGAAUGCCUUGAACUAUUUUGUUUUUGAAUAUCAUGUUGUAUAUUAUAGUGGUAUUGUGAUUUUUCUGUUACAUGGUGCUUUUUAAUCACAUUUGUAUGCUGUGCCAUUUUGUAUGACAUUGUUACAUAUUUAUGUUGUUAAUGUCAUGUUAUAAAAAUAAAUAUGAUGAAAUGUA